GGAAACAGACUGUAUGUGUGUGGAACAAAUGCACAUAAUCCCAAAGAUUGGGUCAUAAACUCGAAUUUGACCCAUCUUGCGCGAAACACCUUCGUCCCGGGCAUCGGUAUGGGCAUCGCGAAAUGCCCCUACGAUCCGGCCGACAACUCCACGGCCGUGUGGGUGGAACGUGGCAACCCUGGAGACCUGGCGGGCCUCUAUUCGGGCACAAACGCGGAGUUCACCAAGGCCGACACCGUAAUCUUCAGGACGGACCUGCACAACCUGACGACGGGCAGGAAGGAGUAUAGUUUCAAGAGGACGCUGAAGUACGACUCCAAGUGGCUGGACAAGCCGAAUUUCGUUGGAUCCUUCGACAUCGGCGAACACGUUUUGUUCUUCUUCAGAGAAACUGCCGUCGAGUACAUAAAUUGCGGCAAAAGCGUGUACUCGCGAGUGGCCAGAGUGUGCAAAAAGGACACUGGAGGCAAGAACAUCCUGUCACAGAACUGGGCCACUUAUCUCAAGGCCAGGCUGAACUGUUCCAUUCCCGGAGAGUUUCCGUUUUAUUUCAAUGAAAUACAGAGCAUCUACAAAGUGCCAGACGAUGACAAAAAGUUCUACGGUACCUUUACCACCUCUACCAAUGGUCUCAUGGGUUCCGCAGUAUGCUCUUUCACUCUUCCUGACAUCCAGGAAGCUUUCGCAGGCAAGUUCAAGGAACAGGCUUCAUCGUCUUCUGCCUGGCUACCUGUUCUAUCUAGUAGGGUGCCCGAACCACGACCCGGAACCUGCGUCAACGACACCGAAACCCUGCCAGAUACGGUCCUGAACUUCAUCCGCAGCCACCCUUUGAUGGACUCCGCCGUGCAACACGAGAACGAGAAGCCGGUGUUCUUCAAAAGGGACGUGUUCUUCGUGAGGCUGGUGGUCGACAAGGUCAAAGUUGACAUUGGAGGGGGUAUAUUGGAGUACACCGUCUACUAUGCCGGAACAAACGACGGCCGAGUCCAUAAAAUCGUCGAAUGGUCCAGAGAAGACGUCGGUUCAGCCUCCAUCCUCUUGGAUGUCUUCGACGUGACUCCAGGAGAACCCAUCCAGGUCAUGGAGCUUUCCAAGGAGCACAAGGCCCUUUACGUGGCCUCCGAUUUCCGCAUCAAGCAAGUGGAUUUGGUGAUGUGCAACCGCAGAUACGACAACUGCUUGCGCUGCGUCCACGACCCGUACUGCGGCUGGGAUAAGGAUUCGAAUGUGUGCAAGCCGUACGCGCCUGGCCUACUGCAAGACGUAUCCAACAGCACGAUCGACGUGUGCGACAGCAGCGUGGUGAAGAAGAAGAUGAUGGUCACGUGGGGCCAGAGCCUACAUCUCGGCUGCUUCCUCAAGAUGCCGGCCGUGCUGGCAGCGCAGACGGUCACGUGGUACCACUACUCGAAGGAGAAGGGGAGGUACCGUGUGCAGUACCGGCCUGACAAGUAUAUAGAGACGUCCGAGCACGGGUUGGUCAUCAUUGCGGUCACUGAAGCGGACGCUGGAAGGUACGACUGUUGGAUGGGCGCGUCGCUGUUGUGCUCUUACAACGUGACGGUGGAUGCGCACAGAUGCUCACCGCCCUCAAAGAGCAACGACUACCAGAAGAUCUACUCGGAUUGGUGUCACGAAUUCGAAAAGUACAAGUCGGCCAUGAAGACGUGGGAAAAAAAGCAGGCGCAAUGUUCGUCUCGACAAAACGCCAGCAGCAACCAGAACAGCCAUCCGAAUGAAAUUUACCGGCCUUUGGUGUGA